GGAUGUGCUCUGGUGCAUCUCGUUGCAUUGACGUCAGUGAGGAAACAUGGCGGCCGGUGGAGUGUCCGCGGAUGGCGGAGACAUCAUGAGAUACGCUGAAUAUUCUCCUAAAACAAACGCCAGGAGUGAUGCAGAGAUAGACAGACGGCUGGGACAGACUCUCAUUGCUGUUGGUCUCGGUGUCGCUGCUGCAGGUUUUGCAGGCCGUUAUGCAUUCCAGCUGUGGAAGCCUCUUGGACAGGUUUUCUCUGAAACUGUCAAGAAGAUGCCCACAUCGGCAUUCUCAGCAUAUUACAAAGGAGGCUUUGAGCAGAAGAUGUCCAAACGAGAGGCCAGCCUCAUCCUGGGCAUCAGCCCAGCCAGCACUAAGGCCAAAGUACGAGAGGCCCAUCGAAGGGUCAUGGUCCUGAACCAUCCAGAUAAAGGCGGCUCACCGUUUCUCGCUGCUAAGAUCAACGAGGCCAAAGACCUUCUGGACAAAGAGACCCGCCGAUGACCUGAACCAUCAAUGAGGACUUUAAAGACUUCAUCACCUUCCAGCUCUGCAGUUCUGCUCCGGCAGCUUCCAUAUCAGCUCCACACCAAGACAUCUGUCCACUUUGGCUCCUGGAAGACAGUUUUCUUCCUCAGCUGGCGCUAAAUCAACCCUGUGAACAUAUAAAUAUGUAUUUUACCUGAGAGUGAAGGAUGUGAAACCCUUUAGGUGUUAAUAUUGAAGGCUGUAAACUGGAACAGUGCUGCUUUUCAUCUCCAUGUUUAGUGUUUUGGUCUGAGUGUACAAAUGUGUGCAUGUACGGCGUUACAUAAUGAUCUAUUUAACAAUAGAGUAAUAAAUUCACAUUUCCAUAUUUAAACAGUUAAAAUAAAAGCUGUAAACAAAUCAAUAAACUUUAUUUGUUAACAUU